CGAGGUGGACGAUUCGAACCCGGAUGUGAAGGUGGUGUGUGUUUGGAUCUAUGGCGGAUUUAAGAGAAAAAAACGAGUCGAUUUGAUUCCUUCGUAAAGUGGGUUUUCUAAAAGAGAAAAAAAAAAAUCGAAAAGUUGAUUUGGAAGAGAAGGGAAAAAAGGAAAAUUGUGAUAUAUGUUUCGCUUCAUCAUAUCGGAAUACCAAAUACUGCACUAGAGCUUUAA